AUGGUGUUUUCGACGACAACGGAUCCGGUGUGCUACACGUGUGGCGAGUCUGGCCACUUUUCCCGCGAGUGCCCUGCUGAGGACGGCCCGCUUGAUGGCGCUGGCUCCAAGUGCUACAGCUGCGGCCAGUAUGGCCACAUUGCCCGCGAGUGCCCGGAUGUGACGGAUGUGGUGAACGGCAUCUCGGGGACCAAAUGUUACAGCUGCGGUCAGAUCGGGCAUUACGCCCGCGAGUGCCCCGAUGGUGACGGUGCCGGCUCGGGCUCGCCGGGCGUCGGCUCCAAGUGCUACAACUGCGGCCAGCGCGGCCACUUUGCGCGCGAGUGCCCUUCAGGUGGCAGCAACGGCGGCAGUGGCCGCGAGGGCGGUAACCGGUGCUUCCGCUGCUCGGGCGUCGGCCACUUUGCGCGCGACUGCCCGUCCGAGGACGCCCGGACGUGCUACGUCUGCCACCAGCGCGGCCACUUUGCGCGCGACUGCCCGCUCGACGACGGGACCCAGGAGCGCGCGCCGCGUAGCAGCGGCGGCUCGUGCUACAACUGCGGCCAGACCGGCCACUUUGCCCGCGACUGCCAGGCUUCAGGCUCGGAUGACGACGGCGGGUACCGUCCCCCGGCCCGCUCGGGCCGCAACUCGCGUGGCGCCAAGUGCUUCCGCUGCGGCGAGGUCGGCCACAUGGCCCGUGACUGCGCGUCGGAGGACCGCAAGUGCUUCAACUGCGGCCAGCCGGGUCACUUUUCGCGCGACUGCCCCGAGGCUGACGACUACUAA